AUGGGUCUCGUUGGGCCGUUAGAUCGGUCAGCACGAGGUUUUAAAAUCAAUCCUGUUGAGGCAGAGAAGGAGGAAGAGGGUGGUUACCCAAAUGGCACUAACAAAGCCUCAGAAGGUGAAAUUGUUUAUGGAAACUACCUCCAGCUGGAUAAGAUUAUUAAUGCACAGAAACUACAGAGUGAACUGAAAGGCAACAAAAUCCAUGAUGAGCACCUGUUUAUAGUCACCCACCAAUCUUAUGAGUUAUGGUUUAAGCAGAUUACGUGGGAGCUUGAUUCAGUUCGGGAACUGUUCAUUCACAAUCAUGUUCGCGAUGAGCGGAACAUGCUGAAAGUGGUGAGUCGCAUCCACAGGAUCACUCUGAUCUUGAAGCUGCUGGUGGACCAGUUUGCUGUGCUGGAGACCAUGACUGCUUUGGAUUUCUUUGAUUUCAGGGAUUACUUGUCCUCAGCUUCAGGGUUCCAAAGUCUUCAGUUUCGUCUUCUUGAAAAUAAGUUGGGAGUUUCUGAGAAAUUGAGAGUUCCCUACAACCGUCGUCACUACAAGGACAUAUUCUCUGGACAGGAGAGUGAGGCAUUGCUCAAAACCCACCAAGAACCUACACUGCUGCAGCUUGUAGAGAAAUGGCUGGAGAGAACACCUGGCCUUGAAAGGGAUGGCUUCAACUUCUGGGGAAAGCUGCAAGCAAAUAUUGAGGAAGGUCACAGGUUGGAGAAGCAGAAGCUUGAGAAAAUGCCAACUUGUGAGAAAAAGCAAGAGAUUCUGGAGGAUCUCACUAAGCAGAUCGAAAUAUUCACUUAUCUGUUUGACUCCAAACAUCAUGAACAUCUUUUAAGCAAAGGAGAGCGCCGGCUGUCCUACAGAGCUCUCCAGGGAGCCCUAAUGAUUUACUUUUACAGAGAAGAGCCUCGGUUUCAGGUGCCGUUCCAGCUCCUGAUGUACUUAAUGGAGGUUGAUACCCUCAUGACCAAAUGGAGAUAUAAUCAUGUGUGCAUGGUGCACAGAAUGAUAGGCAAUAAAGCAGGCACAGGUGGCUCUUCAGGUUACCAUUACCUGCGCUCUACUGUCAGUGAUCGUUACAAAGUGUUUGUGGAUUUGUUCAACCUGGCUACGUACCUGGUCCCACGGGCCUGGGUGCCCAAACUGGAUCCCUCCAUGUACAGGUUUCCUUACAUCGCUGAGUACAAUGACAGCUCAUACAGCUCCAGUGGCUCCUGCAGCAGUGAGGAAGACGAAACAAAUGCACUGCAACAUUCAGUAGUGACGGCAACAUUCAGACACGCUAAUCCCCAUGAAUGAAAAUGCUUGUGUUUUUGUUUGCCGAGUUGUGCAAGUUGUGAAUGUUUCCUGAGAAUUCC